UUUAAGAGGGUCGCGCUUAAAGUUACGAAAACCUUUCGAUUAUCUAAGACACAAAUAUUUAUUGCUGCAAACGUCGAUCGCUUUGAAACGAGUUUUUGCCAAUUCUAAAUUCUCUCUAAUAUUCGACAUGGCGCCAAAAGCACAGCAAAGAAAAAAAACAAAAGAAAAGAGAAGGGCCAAGUGCUGCAGAGAAACUUGGUGGUUGCUGCUGUUGCCAGAGAGACCGUUCGUCUGUUUUGUAUCCGUAAGUUUAAAGAGAGAGCGCGUGUCUGAGAGCGCGCGAAAAAGAUACGUUCGAGGCGCUCUUUGCAAUUGCCGCUACGCAGCGAACAUUUUUCAACAGUUUUGUGGCGGUCGUCAGAAAGCUCGCACGUGCGAACGCGAAACGGCAAGUUCGACAUAAGCAGAACAACAAUAACGACAGCAACAGCAGCAGCAACAACAACAACAAAAUCAAAGAAACAAAACGAAAACACAAAACGUCGUGUAUUUUGAGAGCGCGCCUGCAGAGUGCAGGCUUUUAUUCGCGCGCGCGUGUGUGUGUGUGCGUGCGUUUGUUGUUCUUGUGGCAGAGGAGCUAAAUAGCAAAGAGCAAAAUUCCUAAAUAAAUAUUCAAUAACGAAUCUGGUCGUUAAGCAUGCAAAAAUAAAGAAGAUAUCAAAUAAGAAAUUAAAUAAAAUAAAAUAAAGUUUAUAAAUAGUGCACAAACAAGGCGGCAAACGGCAGCGGUCGCAUUCACAAUUGUCAGGCGGCGGCGUUUUAGCCUCUGCCGCCUGCCAGUUGCUGUCGCCGUCGACGUCGACGUCGCUGUCGCUGUCUGUGUGCGUGCGUGUGAGUGAGUGUCUGUGCGUCGUCGUGUAUGUGUGUGCGGCCGGUGUGUGUUCCGUUCCAGUGUCUGUGGCUGCGUCUGUGCCCGUGUCUGUGUCUGUGUCUGCGUCUGCCGGCCUGCGUCUUCUCGUCUACGCCAGCGUCUGUAUCUUUGUAUCCGUCUCGGUUGCGUCGCGUCGCGUCGCGUUGUCGUGCGGUUUUUUUGCAGCGCGCCCAGAUAAAUGUUAAGCAUACGAAGUGGAAAUUAAUUUAUGGCAAAAUUUAAUAAGUGAGUGCCACAACCACAACAACAACAACAACAACAUCGUCGCCUCAAAGUGCGCACAAAGUUUUAAAUUUAGCACAAAAAAGCAAAAUAGAUAAAUAAGACAAAAUUGUGCACGUCGCCUGCAGCAGCAGCAGCAGCGCAGCAGCAGCAACGUCAGUGUUGACGCUGGCAGAGCGCAACACGCGCGCCUUCAAAACACACACACACAAACACACAUACACAUACAUAUAUGCUACAAAAAAAGCUCGCAGCGCAGCAAGCGCUACGCAGCGCCGUCGGCAAAUGCAGCGCCUAAAAUAAUCAAAUAAGAUGAAAAAUGCGCGCAAAAAAAAAACAAAUUAUCGAAAAAAGUGCCAAAAUUGUUAACAAAUAUCAAUAAAUAAAUGCAAUAAAUAAAUUGAGCGAACGACAAUGUGAAAGCCGCAGACAGUUUCAGCAGUAAACCGAACAAAUAGCAACAAGCUUCAAGAAAGAAUCAGCGUAAGAGAACAGGGAGAGGGAGAGGGAGAGGCAGAAGGAGUAGUAGCAGCAACAACAAUCGGGCGCGUGUUAUCGAUAACUGAGCGAUAUCAUGACCGAAUACGUGACGCCGAUGAUCAGCAGCGUGCUGAAAAAAUACCAAACGAGCGCCACAAAAAGCUUACAGGGCCCCGCCGUGGCGCUCAUCAAAAAGGAACUGUCCAGUUCGCCGGAACCGCACGAACCGCUGCAUGAACCGAGCGGCAUCGUUGGCAACGCUGCCAUCGGUGAGCGUGCACAGUUAUAUGCGGCACCGCUGCCACUGCCGCCGGAAUUGUCGCAACCGAUCCUAACACAGCCGGACACGGACUGCGGCGAGCUGUACGAGACGCGGCUGGAGGGCAAGACCAUCGGCUGUUUUUCGCUGGGCGGCGAGAUGCGACUGUGCCUGCCGCAAUUUCUGAACAAUGUGCUCAACGAUUUUACGCUGGAUCAGAUCAAUGGCAUAUUCGAGGAUCUGGGCAUUUCGUGUUCGCAGUGCACGCCCGAUCAGCUGGUCGAGUUCAAGGCAGCCAAAAUUCUGCCCUCCGAUGUGAAGGGCAGCGGCCUAAUAACGCGCACCGACGCCGAACGCCUCUGCGCCGCCCUGCUGCAUCGCUCCGAUCGGAACAGCUAUGUGCCCGUCGAGAGUCUGGGCAAGGGCGCGCUCAGCUUUCAGGUGUAUCACAAGUGCUUUGGCAAAUGCGAGGGCAUCUGUACGCCGGACAUGUACUCGUACCAGAAGCCGACAUGCAUCCAGUGCUUGGAGUGCAAUUGCUGGUUCUCGCCCCAGAAAUUUGUGGGACAUGUUCAUCGCAAGGUGGAGAAUCGCACCUGUCAUUGGGGCUUCGAUUCACGCAAUUGGCAUGAUUAUCUGCACGUGGCGCUCGACGUGGAGAAUCGCGAGAAAUAUCAACGCAUUUUGGAUCAGCUCAAGGAGGUCGAACUGAAGGAGAUGCACAAGGCGCAGUGCGAACUGGAUCACAAGAAACGAAAGGCGGAAAUGCUGAUGGAGGAUUCGCGAUUGUUGCCGCUGGGCUCGGUGGCGCCGGCAUUGCCGCAACCACCGCCGCCGCCGCCGUCAACGCACCAGACGCUGCCCGCCAGCCUGAAGCAGCAGCAUCAUCAUCAUCAACGCGGUGGCGCCUCCGUUGCGCCCGUCGUUGCCGUUGCCGCCGCCGCCGACAUUCCGAGCAAGAAGCUAAAGGCGCCCCCAUUGGACAGCUAUCAUCCAGCCAUGGACUUGCAGCACUAUCACAUCAUGUACGCGCACUGCAUGCAGCAACAACAGCAGCAGCAGCAGCAGCAGCAGCAGCGGGAGCAGCGAGAGCAGAGGGAGCUGAGAGAGCGGGAACGGGAGCGUGUGGAGCGCGUGGUGGUGGGCACGCAUCCGUUGGCAAGCAGCGCGUUUCAGCCAUGGCGUGCGGCAAAGCCAACGCCCGCUGCCUAUUUGCAGGCAUUCAGCGCGUUGUCCUCGCUGCCGUAUGCCUGCCAGGAGCCGCCGGAGCUGCAGAAUCCGGAACGCGUGGUGCGCAGCACGGAUCGCGAACGCUUCGAGCAGCACUAUCAGCCGAAUGUGGCGCUGGCGCCGCGCAAAAGUAUACUGUGCAAGGAGCGCGAACUGGAGCGCCAGCGUCUCCGGCAGGAGCAGGAGCUCCAGCUGCACAUCAAACAGGAGCGCGCCCCAACCCCGCCCCUGGAGCCGCUGAAUGGCAGCAAUAGCAACCACAGCAACAGCUCCAACAGCAGUUCGCCCAUGCCCAAGCCCGCGCCCGCCCAUUUGGUGGUGGCGCCGGCUCCGGCUCCGGCGCCGCUGCCACCCCCGCUCCCGCCCAGCCACGCAGCGUUGCCGCCAGCGGCGCGCCAUGUGCCACGCAGUCCCGCCGAGGAGUUCUCGGCGGGCAGCAAUGAGAUUACCUCCUCCACAUCGCCGGUGCCACCAGCACUAGCACCAGCAGCAGCAGCAGCAGCAGCAGCCACAACAGUUGCAGCAACAGCUGGAGCAACUGCAGCUGGAACAGCUGGAGCUGGCACGCCGAGCAGCCACAUUAUAGCCACCGUUAAUCAGCAUGCCAAGCUGCUGCCCACAAGCAGCAAUCACCACCACCACAGCCACAACCACAACCACCACCAGCACCACAACGAACCAAGUCGCAUUAGGAUCAACAAGAAUCUGAUGAGCCAGCCGCCGGUGACGGCGGCAAUUGCUGCACUGCAGCCGAUCUACUAUAAGACGCCGCAUCCGGCCGGCUAUUCGCCAACGCAAUCUUCCAGCGCCGGCGGCCUCAAUCUCAGCACGCACUCCUCCAAUGUGGUCAGCUCGCCGCACGCCAAGCAGCAGCAACUGUUGCAACAGCUGCAACAUCAGCAACAGUUGCCCUCGACGGCGGCGGCAGGCCAGAAUGGCAAUGGCCAUCUGAAGCCGCAUUUGGGCAGCGAAUUUGAGCUGUCGACGGACACGGACGACGACAGUCUGAAUGGCGAGCCGGACAGCAGCGCCGCCAUGCUGCCGCCCUGGGAGCUGGCCGUGGAUGCGUUGCGCGAUACGCGCGCCAAGGAUCGGGAGCGUGUCCUGCACCUGCUCCAGCGGCUGUUGCACGAGAAUCAAAAGUAUCGCGAUACCAAUGGCCAGCUGGGCGAGCUGCUGCACAAGCGGGAGACGGAGAUUGCGGAGCUGCGCGAGCAGCUGCAGCAUUGUCGGCGCCAGUUGGAGGCGCUGGACAAGCUGCGUGUGGUGCCAUUGAAGCAAACGUUGCUCGAGCAGCGUUUAGACGAGGAGAUGGACGACGAUCAUGAUCACGAGGAGGAGGAGGAUGAGGAGCUGUUGUUGGGCGGCGAGGAGGCGGAUAGCAAUGAGACGCUCACGCAGGAUCAGGCCAACAACAACAGCAGCAACAACAACAACAAGGCGCAGGCAAAUGGCUUGCGGCGCAGCCCAACGCCGCUCAACUGUUGCGCAACUGUUGCACAGCAGGAGCAGGAGGCGCCGGCAUGCAAACGCCUCAAGCUGCAGGCACAGCAGAAGCCCAAGCCGGCGAAUGGACAUGCCAAGAGUCCAAGUCAAAGCGGCGCCAGCGACGAUGACGACGAAGACGAGGAGGAUGAGGGGGAGGAGGAGGAGGAGGAGGAGGAAAUGGGGGCACAGCAGCAUUCGGACGAGGCAAGGCAGCGCACGGCGCAGGCGCAGGCGCCGCACAGCAACGCUUUGACAACGCCGCCCACAGCGACCACGCCCCAAUCGCCUGACUCGGCCGCAACCGCCGGGCAGCUGUUCGACAGCAGCAACAGCAGCGAUGAGUCGGCCAUGAAGAAGGCGCAAAUGUGCGCCAGCCAGGCGCUGGCCAAGAUUACCAGCAACAACAACAACAACAACAACAACAGCAACAACAACAAUAACAGCGAGGAGACAGAGCCAGAGGAGGAGGAGGAGGAAGAAGAGCAAGAGGAAGCAGAGCAGCAGGCAACAACGCAGCAGGAAGACUCGGAUGAUGACGAGAUGCCGCUGCAGCAGCGCCAACAACAACAGCAGCAGCAACAGCAGCAGCGACGCCAGCGACGCGAUGUGGCUGCGCUGCCGACGCCAGCGCCGACAGCGACGCCCAUUUUAAUGGCCACCAAAGCGAGCAAAAAGCAAACGCCGCCAAUUACAACAACAACAGCAACAGCAACAGCAGCAACAACAAUAACAACGAAUUGCGAAUUACAAAUCAAAAAGGAAAUUGUCUAAGUAGACCCCCGGCCCGGCCCGCUCCGCCCCGCCCCUUCUAGCACCAAGCAGCUGCCGCAAACGCAUUGCAAUUAACAGUUAGAACUUAGCUCAUAUAGUCGUCUCUUUCACACACACACACACACACACAGCAAGCUAGCUAAGCUUAGCUUAAAUCUUUAAGAAACCAACAAAAAAUGUUUAAAAAUUAUGCUCAAUGCUUAACGCACAUGAAAUACCCUAUCGCAGGGUAUGCUGCGAUAAAAACGAAAAAGAAAACACACGACAUUUUUCAACACUUUCUCUAAACAUUUUGUAUAGCUUGUUUUGAUCUCACGUAUAACACAAAAUUUGUUAGGCUUCCAAAUUUGUUCUGUUCUAUAGAAACUAAUUCUAAA